CACAGUGUGACAGGCCGGGGCAGGGCUGCAUUUCCUCAAAACGGCCGUUCCCAUUUUCCCAUUUUUGGGGAAUUUGGGUACCUAGUAGUGUGAGCGUGCGCUCAGACUUCUUGAAGCCAACGCGUUGUUACACACCCAUACACAGACAAACCACGUGUUUGUCGCUUCUCUCCGCUCGUUCGUCUCAGGUUCGCGUGGGCCGAGUGACGUCUGUGUGACUCACACGCACACACACACACAGACACACACACACACAACACUGAGAGAGUGAGAGAGAGAGAGAGGAAGGAUGGGGAUACGGUGGUGGGUGUUGGUAGUGGUGGCGCUUGGGAUGGUAGUGGAGUUAACGGCGGGAGCGCAAGGAGAGCACGGCCAGCAGGGUAUUGCGGAGAUGAGGACACGUGGCAUUCGGAGAGCGGUCCGGACUGCAAUCGAGCGGGGCUGGAGCGGUCAUCUUGGCACAGUGGAUGGAGCGUUUGAUCCCAGACGACAUUUGGCGGGAAGGACGCUGAGGGCGCGGGUACUCAGCGCGCGGAUGAUACGCAGGUCUGAUUCUUCAUCCUCAUCGAAAUCCAAGUCACUUGAGAGAAAAUUGGCGGGAAAUGGUGAUACCCUAGCCGAAGCGAAUCCAGUCGUCGGCCGACAACUCCGUCCCGAUCUCAUCCGACUCCAUCGGCAGGUGCUCAGACUUACGGGAGGACCUUAUCGUGGCAUGGGCCGACAUCCCCUUAAGUUUCCUCUGAUGGGUUGAUUGAUUGAUGACAGGUUCCGUCAUCGGCGGCGUUGUUGAUUGGCUCCGUCCUCUUUUUCGAUUGAUACCGUUUGUCGGUGAUUGGUUCGGUCUUCGGUGAUUGGUUCCCCGUUAUCCUCGUUGAUUGGCACAUCCCUGACAGGAGGAGCUAUCGUGCCAUGAGCAGCCAACAUCCCCAUGAAUUUUCUCUUUUGGGUUUUGAUUGAUGAUUGAUUGCUUCCAUCGUCGUCGUUGAUUGGUUCCGUCAUCUGGGAUCAGUUCCGUUGUCGUUGAUUGGUUCAAUCGUCGGUGAAAGGUUCCACCGUCCUUGAUUGGUUCCAUCAUCUUUGAUUGGUUCCAUCAUCUUUGAUUGGUUCCAUCAUCUUUGAUUGGUUCCAUUUUCGUUGAUUGGGUCCAUCAUCUUUAAUUGGUUCCAUCAUCCUUGAUUGGUUCCAUCAUCCUUGAUUGGUUCCAUCGUCCUUGAUUGGUUCCGUCAUCCUUGAUUGGUUCCAUCUUCCUUGAUUGGUUCCAUCAUCUUUGAUUGGUUCCAUUGUCGUUGAUUGGUUCAAUCGUCGGCCUUGAGUGGUUCAAUCGUCGGCCUUGAUUGGUUCCAUCGCGUCCUUGAUUGGCUCCAUCCUCGUCCUCCUGCUUUGUGCGCGACUGGGAUUCUCAUCAUUAUCGACGACUGGUUACAUAGUCCUUGAUUGGUUCCUUGGGUUGAUUGCUUUUGACGCGAUCCCGUUUUUGUAAAGAAGCCAUCCUAGUCAUAAUGGAGAGGAUGAUUAGUUGCCGUCGUUGCUUGAUUAAGGUGGAUUGAUUGGAUGGGACUGGGCUCCUGAUUGGUUCCUUGUCCUGGCGCUAAUUAGCUGCAUGGGAGGUGAUGCGCUCGUCGUUGCAGUUGAUUAGUUUUUGGUUGCUUGUGGAUAAGAAGGUUUUGUCAUUGCGGAUAAGGUUGCAGUAUUGGCACCACCAUUGUGGAUAAGGUUUGUACUUUUGAAGUAAUUUAUGAUGAUGAUGAUGAUGAUGACAACUCCAAGAUGAUGGUAGGAUCUUGUUUUCCUUUUUUCUUUUGCUGUUGUGUAAUUAUAGACGACUGUGUCUGUAUCGUCUUGGGAAAAAAAAGACGCGGGAAAGAAUCUGCUUUUUUCCCCCUUCAUUAUGAUGUGGCAGUCAUUGUGGAUAAGGGAUAGCAGGAUAAGGUUAUGGAUAAGGGACAAUAAUAGGACUACAAGAUUGUGGGUAGGGUAAGACCUGUCUCUUAUACACAUCUAGAUGUGUAUAAGAGACAGGAUGUGGAGGGGGCGGAAGAGGAAAGGUUGUGGAUAAAGGAGGUGGGAGAGGGGAGGGGGAAGACAGUGAUAUUAUGGAUAAGGGAUAGGGGAAGAAAAUAUUCUUAUGGAUAAGGAUAAGAUUCUUAUGGAUAAGGAAAAAGAGCAAAGUGCAUGAUGGGUAAGGAGAAUGGAAACAGGAUAGCAAGGAGAAGGAGAGCAGAGUUUCAAAUAAAAUAAAGGAACAUGG